AUGGAUGGUCAAUUUCAACUUUUAUUUGACAAAGUGAAAAAUGAAAUGCAAAAACAAACCACGGAGCUACAAACUUCUAUAACUAACAAAAUAAUGGAGAGAAUGGAUGAAAAGUUACAACCUAUCAUAGCAGAAAAUAAAAUCCUAAAAACAAAAUUAGAAAACGUCGAGAAAGACCUGGAAACCUUAAAAAGAGCUAAGAAACAAAAUAAUUUAAUAGUUUUUGGUAUAAAAGAGGACGAAAACUCUAACCUAGAACUACUACAAAAAGUGAAAAAAGUUCUUAAAACCGACUUAAGCAUAAAUAUUGAAGAUCACGAUGUGAAUAACAUCUAUCGCAUUGGAAAAGCAGGAAAAAGCAAUACAAGCAAUGGAAAACGGAGAAGAGAAACAUCAACAUCACCAGAAAAUAAUAAUCAACCAAGGAAACAACAAACUUUCAUACUAUCGAACGCCAACAGAUUAAAUGCUUUUGAUUUAAUGCGAACAAGAAGCAAUUCCCUCCCCUCAAACUCAUUAGAUAAUAAGCAAUAA